GAAAUAAUUAAGCAAAGUAUUAUUCGUUUUAAACACAUUUCUCCAUUCAUACAGCCAUGUUGCACCUGUCUUUCCUCUUCUUUGGAAUCGCAUCCGUCCAUACCGUGCUAACAGCAGAACCAUGUUCCACAGCAAGUAACGCCGCUUGUUGCAGUCAAGGCGACCCCUUCACUAACGAGAAGGGAGAGCAGGUGUCGUGUAGUCGAGGCUCAUUAACGUUAUGCCCAGCGGGCUAUUCCUGCUUUACGAACGAGGUCGACAAGUGGGCAGUGUGUUGUCCUGCUGAGGAGGUUACACCAGAACCAUGUUCCACCAGAAGUGACACGGCUUGCUGCACCGAUGGAUCCCCCUUUACUAACGAGAAUGGAGAGCAAGUGUCGUGUGGAGGCUACUCCUCAACGUCAUGUCCAAAUGGGUACUCCUGCUUUACUCAUCAGGUCGACAGGUGGGCAGUGUGUUGUCCUUCUGGACAAACGGUAUACGGGGCUGUCCCCGCCGGGUACACGGGUUUGAAGCGUCAAACUGUCUGUUGGCCUGUUGAUCCAGCCUGUGAACAAAUGACUUACGAGAAGAUUGACGGUUUGUGGUACAGAGGCUGUGACACUCAUAGAUCCGGAUGUUGAACAGGGUGAAAUCAGUCAAACAGACUUUCUAUAGAACAGUGGUUUUUAAUUUGAAAUGUUAAUUGAAAUGAAAGAACACGUGGGGUUUUUCCCGAUACUCCGGUUUCCUCUCACUGAUCAACGCGCUUACAUCAAAGGCCAACAAAAGCGAUUAAUUCAAUUGAAAUAACUUGUUGCAUACUUAUUGUAAAAUAAAUAAAGCUUAUAUUUAAAAGAACACAAUUUUC